GAACGCAAUAACCUACCUUGGUGCAAUAUUAAGUAACGUUCCGUCUUGAGCGCCGCUUCACAGACGUAUGGUCUUCUAGGUGUUCGCAAAAUGUUGGACGAAGAGGCUGUACAGUUUACAUUUUCAUGGCUCGAUUACAUAUUCUUCUUUGGGAUGCUAAGUUUAAGUGCACUUAUCGGAAUCUACUUCGGUUGCUGCGGUCCGAAACAGAAUUCGGCAAAGGAAUACCUUUUAGCUGGACAAACCAUGAGAGUAUUGCCUGUCGCUAUGUCGUUAAUAUCGAGCAAUAUUUCCGGCAUAACCAUUAUGGGUGCACCUGCUGAUAUCUAUAAGUACGGCGCCAAUUACAUCUGGUCACUAAUCUCUAUGGUUAUAACGUCGAUUGCGUGCGUUUACGUCUACAUGCCCGUUUUCCUGGACUUGCAACUGGUCAGCACCUAUCAGUACCUGGAGAUGCGCUUCGAUCGAAAGAUUAGGACACUGGCCUCCAUACUGUUUACACUACAAGUCUUGCUGCUGAAUCCAAUACUGAUCUACGUGCCGGCGCUUGCCUUCUCUCAAGCCACCGGAUUACAUUUGCACGUAAUCGCCCCAACCCUUUGCAUCGUCUGUAUCUUUUACACGACCAUUGGCGGACUUAAAGCCGUCCUUUGGACAGAUACCCUGCAAACGACCUCAAUAUUCGUGUGCCUUUUGGUCGUUUUUGGUAUGGGUUUAUCCACAUCGGGAGGUGUUCGAAAUGUAGUCGAGGUGGCUGCCAAAGGAGAGCGGUUGGACAUAUUUGACUUUCGGUUAGAUCCCACCAAGCGCGACAGCUUUUGGGCGUUUGUGCUUGGGUGCACCGUUUCUUGGAUGGUCGACAUAUCCAUCAAUCAAAGCACAAUGCAAAGAGUGAUGGCGGUUCCGACCAAAAAACAGGCGGAGAGGGUGAUUUACAUUUUCUGCGUUGGGACGAUGCUAAUAAAGGCGUUUACUACGUUCAUUGGUGUUAUGAUGUAUGCCAAAUACUCAGAAUGCGACCCAAUUGGCUCGGGCAAAGUGACGCACACUGACCAAAUGGUGCCCUACUACGUUAUCGAUGUUGGAGGUAAAAUUCCAGGACUUCCAGGUUUGUUUAUUGCCGGAAUUUUUAGUGGCGCACUCAGCUCGCUUUCGACGACCUUAAAUACACUAGCUGCCACUUUCUACUCAGACUUCGUGUCACUCUGUGUGCCGGAUACGAUAACCGAAAAGACCAAGAGCAAGAUUUUGAAGUUGAUAGUUGUGGUAGGUGGUAUCAUAUGCAUUUUACUAGUUUUCGUUGUGGAAAAAAUGGGCGGAAUUUUACAACUAACCGUGACGUUCAGUGGAAUUACGUCAGGUUCACUUCUGGGAUUGUUUACCUUGGGAAUGAUCUUUCCAUUUGCUAAUUCUAAGGGUGCACUUUGUGGCGGAGUGGCCGGCUUGGUCUUCAACUCUUGGUUAGUCCUUAGCAACCAGUGGUACAAAUAUCAAGGUUUAAUCAAAGACUAUCCCAAGCCUCUUUCUGUAGAAGGAUGUACUGGUGAAAUUAAUACAAACGUAACCCAAGGGGCGCAUGGAGUACUGGAGGAAGAGCCCAACGCGUUCUACCGAAUUUCGUUCUGGUAUUACACCUUCCUCGGUUUUCUCGUAGUGAUCGUGGUUGGAUUGGUUGUGAGUUGGUUAACUAGAAAGAACAAUCCACCAGUUCGUCCCGAACUGUUAAGCCCUUCGGUACAAUUUUUACUCCCAAAAGAAAAGGACAGUGAGAUUCGCUUGGAUACGACCAAAUUAUGACCGAGACACAUUAGGUGUUUAAAUAAAAUGCGUUGUUUAUAGUAACGAUGUUAAUAAACUUGCUAGAUCACAA